AAAGGUGUUGCAGUCAUAACGAGGACUAUGCCGCUAUGGUGUCGUAGUGCGACAAAUAAUAAUAUGCAAUGUACUUACACUAAUGGACACUAACAAAUAGCAGUAUAAAUAUUAUCGAAUAGAAAUAGUUUUAGUCAUCUGUACAUGUCUCUCCUAUGUUGACUGUAUUGCAUUUUCGAUUCCUUCCACAAUAUUGCUAUACGAAUAAUUAUUUAUGAUGCAAUUAGCUAAUGCGUAUUGGGCACAUUAGUCUCAUAGCUGUUUGUUCCCCCCAAUACAUUCGUUCGGUGGUCGGUAAACGGUGACAUAGACUAAGAGUUUUAAGCACCCGGUAACUGUAGACUAUUAGCAUGGAAAACCCAUCACCAUCUUAUUCGACCGUUUGGUCAAAAGUUUGUACAAAUGUUAUCAACUCACUAGAAGAUCUUAUGUUAACCGUGUAUUGCGCGUUUUGUUACUUUUUUAACUACAGAUUAUUGGAUUACAGCUGUACAAUUCCUACGAAGCGGAUGCGGAUGGACGGUUACCUUCGCUUUCCAUUAUGCGUCUGCUGUACAGUAUCGUCUUGUUCGGUGGCUAUCUUGUCGGGUUCUACAAAGCAGUGGUGGAAAAUACGUACAUAUACGACCUUAGUCCUAAUAGCCCAACUAUUUUUAACUUUGCAUACAUGACACAAGUCUGUUCUGGUGUACUGGGCACGAUCAUCUGUUACGCAUCGUUGUUGCAUACAGAUCGUAUGAAAUGUGUCUACGUCGAAGGCAUUCAGUGUAGCAACACGAAGAUAAACGAUCGGUACUAUCAAUUCCGUAACAUGCAGGUGCCGGCGAAGCAAUGCUUUAUCGUGCCGCUAUCAACCGGAUUGCUCUUCGUGUUAUCGCUCUGCGAAGCUUACGCACAGUACAAUAAAGCACGCUAUUUCGCAAUCGUCGCCAUACUGUAUCCCUUGUGGAUGUUCCAUGUGACGAUUUUGGAAUUUACAACACUGGUCAAAUCAACGGAAUGCAUUGUAACGAAGCUAAACUGGAUGCUGGACGCUUUUUUGGACAGCUUGCAAAGACAAUCGACUCCGAAUGUUCCGGCCACGGGUGAAAAGAAAGCUGUCAACAAAGUGUAUCCAGUUGAACGGCGGUCGUACAUUGCGGAACAUGAGCUAAUCAGUGGCGAACGGCUCACAUACAUGUUUGUCAUUCACGAGAACGUAGCGAAGCUGGCAGAAUUUAUCAACCGUGCGUACUCGCUCCAGAUCAUUGCCAUCGUGACGGUUACGUUCGUUAAUACGCUGUUCGGAUUCUUUAUCGAAACGAAGCUUUUGUUUUGGAACUAUGAAAUGUUAGAUCUGAUACUACGAGCAUGCCGGUAUGCGUUCGAGUGCAUUCCUGCCUGUCUGCUGAUCUACAAUAUGCUUGUUGUAUGUGCUGCUACCCAUAAUGAGGUAAUGAUCGAUUUACGCAUUUACCACCCAAUGUCUUCGAUUUUGAAUUAUAUUAUUUGCAGCUUUUCAAAUCAGCUUCUCUGCUGCACAAGCUUCUGCAGUACAAGGCAAACUAUUUUAUCGACGAUCAAGCUCUAUUCGAACGUUCGAAAGCAAUCGCUCUUCAGCUGCUGCAUAGGAAAAGGUUCGCUUUAUUCGAUGGCAGCGGUUUGUUUAAAUUGGACUUUACCUUCAUCUUUUCGGUAUUCAGUGCUGCUACAUCUUAUCUGAUUGUGUUGCUUCAGUUUGAUUUAUCCAAGGAUCUGGAAAGGGGCAUGAGAAUGUGAUUGUUACGAAACAAUAUUUUAACUAUCUUAAACCUACAUUGCUAUCAAUAAAAUGGAAUGGUUUUAUGUGUGCGUUUUACGCAAAUUUCGUUGUAAGCACGUCAGAACAUUAUUCGGUAAAAGAAUAAAUCACGUUCAAUGUACACCUCUCAUGACUUGAGUUAUCCGAUGAAGCAGAGUUACAAAAUAAUUUAGUGAACUUGGCUGCCCAUUACUCGCGU